GUUAUAUUUGCAUAUAAUUGAUUUAGGAAUUAUUAUAGAAUGAUUAUUAUUUUCAUUUAAUUCUAUUAAUGUAGAGUUUUUUGUAAUAAUUGAUUGAAUUUCUUGUUUAUAUAUUAGAGUAGUAAUGUUGAUUUCAUCAAUAAUUAUAUUAUAUAGUAUAAUUUAUAUAGAGAGAGAUAAAUUUAUUAAUCGAUUUGUAAUUAUAGUAAUUUUAUUUAUUUUUUCUAUGAUUUUAAUAAUUAUUAGACCAAAUUUAAUUAGAAUUUUAUUUGGGUGAGAUGGAUUAGGGUUAUCUUCUUAUUGUUUAGUAAUUUAUUAUCAUAAUUUUAUUAGAUUUAAUUCAGGGAUAGUAACAGUUUUAUGUAAUCGAAUUGGUGAUAUUGGAUUAUUAAUAUCUAUUAGAAUUAUGUUUAUUUAUGGAAGGUGGAGAAUUAAUUUUAUAGAUAGGUCGAUAAUUUUAGUUUUAAUAAUAAUUUUAUUUGCAGCAAUUACUAAAAGGGCUCAAAUUCCUUUUUCAGUUUGAUUACCAUUGGCUAUGGCAGCUCCUACCCCUGUAUCUGCUUUAGUUCAUUCUUCUACUUUAGUAACAGCGGGUGUUUAUUUAUUAAUUCGUUUUAAUAAAAUUUUAAUUGAAAGAAUAAUGGAUAAAAUUUUAUUAUAUUUAUCAAUUUUUACUAUUUUUAUUUCUAGUUUAAUAGCAAAUUUUGAGAAUGAUUUUAAAAAAAUUAUUGCUUUGUCUACAUUGAGACAGUUAGGAUUAAUAAUAAUAAUUUUGAGGUUAGGAUUAAAUUUAUUAUCUUUUUUUCAUUUAUUAACUCAUGCAAUUUUUAAAUCUUUAUUAUUUAUAUGUGCAGGGAUUAUAAUUCAUUUGAUGAAUAAUAAUCAAGAUAUUCGAUUUUGUGGUAAGAUAAAUGAGUAUAUUCCUUUUACUAUAAUAAGAUUUUAUAUUUCAAGAUUGGCAUUAAUAGGAUUUCCAUUUUUAACAGGAUUUUAUUCAAAAGAUUUAAUUAUAGAGUCUGUAUAUAUAAUAAAUAUAAAUAUGAGUUUAUUAAUAUUAAGAAUAUUAUCACUUUCUUUAACUGUUUCAUAUUCAUUUCGUUUAUUUUAUUAUAUUUAUUUUGGAGAAGUUAAUAGGAGAAGAUUUUUUUUUUUAAAAGAAGAUAAAUUAAUAAAUUUUUCUAUAAUUAUUUUAAUAUUAUUUAGAUUAAUUGGAGGAUCAUUAUUAACUUGAAUUUUUUUUUUUGAUAAUUAUUUUAUGUUUAUAAGAAUUAGUUUAAAAAUAAUAACAAUAUUAAUAUUAUUUAUGGGAUUGAUUUUUGGAUAUUUUGUUUAUUUAAAAAAUUUAUUGAAAUUAUAUAUAUAUAGAUUUUUUUUUGGUUCAAUAUUAUUUUUAAAUUAUAUAUAUAUAUUGAUUUAUCGGCCAUUUUUAAUUAUAGGAUUAGAGGCUUAUGGAUUAGAUAAGAAAUGAGUUGAAUUUAUAGGAAAAAAUUUAAUUUUAAAUGUUAUAAAGGAAAUUAAAGUAAAUA